AUGAGUAGAGCAAGUAAAAUAACAUUGGGUUUAUCAUGCUUACUUACAGGAUGCACUAUUGUAGGAGUACAUCUUUUGCAAAAUAUGGAGAGAGAAGCAUUGAUGCAAGGUCCUAUUAAAGAUGCUAAAAGGGUAGCAGAAAAGAAACUACAAAAAGAACAAGAAUUACAAGAAAAGGAACGUAAGCGAUUAUUUAAUAAGACAGAUCAUGAAUUACAGCAAGAAUUAAGGAAGAAAUAUGAGGCUAUACAACCCUUAUCUGGAGAGAUCACGAAGGAACCUUCGAAAGAUUAA